AUCCGCGUAAAUCGUUUUAAAAUCAAACUACAAUGAACACCAAAAUCAAACCAUAGAUAGCAAUAUUUUGGCAAUCUAAUUAGCUAAAGUUUCCGUUUAUAUUAUUGUGGCUGUCAGUGCAAAACAAUGUCGGCAUCACAAGGAAGCAAAAACACGAACGCGGAACCAUGGGGAGGUUUUGACGACAAUAUUAUUCAGGGCACCGGCUCGGCGGUGAUAGACAUGGAGAAUAUGGAUGACACCUCUGGAUCCAGCUUUGAGGAUGUGGGAGAAAUGCAUCAGCGGAUGAGGGAGGAAGAGGAGGUGACCGCCGAGGCUGCGGCCACAGAGGAGGACAACGGAGAAUAUGGAGAAUUCCUCGGGAUGAAGGGCCUGAAGGGACAGCUGGGCAGACAGGUUGCAGAUGAGGUAUGGCAGGCAGGAAAGCGGCAGGCCUCGAAAGCUUUCAAUCUCUAUGCUAAUAUUGACAUUCUCCGGCCAUACUUUGAUGUUGAGCCUAUUCAAGUGAGAAACAGGCUGGUCGAAUCCUUGAUCCCAGUCCGAAUGAUCAACUUUCCACAGAAAGUGGCAGGAGAGCUGUAUGGACCAAUGAUGCUGGUGUUCACACUGGUGGCUAUUCUGCUCCAUGGCAUGAAGACCUCAGGAACAGUCAUUAGAGAGGGCACGCUCAUGGGCACUGCCAUUGGAACCGGUUUUGGGUACUGGCUGGGAGUGUCCUCCUUCAUCUAUUUCCUUGCUUACCUCUGCAAUGCUCAAAUUACCAUGCUGCAGAUGCUGUCUUUGCUAGGUUAUGGUCUCUUUGGCCACUGUGUGGUCCUUUUCAUCACUUACAACGUCCACUUCCAUUCGCUCUUCUACCUUCUCUGGAUGGUGAUUGGAGGACUCUCUACUCUGCGUAUGGUGGCUGUGCUCAUCUCCCGGACCGUUGGUCAGACUCCUCGCCUCAUCCUGUGUGGCUCUCUGGCUGCUCUGCACAUGCUGUUUCUGCUCUACCUGCACUUUGCUUACCAUAAGAUGGUUGAAGGUAUUCUGGAUACCUUGGAAGGACCAAACAUCCCACCCAUCCAGAGAGUGGCCAGAGAUGUUCCUGUGGUUGCCAGUGCUGUUGUGAAUGCCACCGUAAAGUCAAUAGCUGCGAUUGUACAGUCACAGCAAUUGUAAAUUUGGCUUCUGGGUAGGUCACACAGUCUAGCUAGUCUGCUGUACAUAUGUAGGGUCAGGGCAAAAGAAUCAUGGAGCGGUUUCCAUUGAGCACCUUAGGUCUAAGCUCAGCUUGUAUCUCACAUAUUGUUCCAGUAAAAAGGGCCUAUAUUGAUGCUCUUAGGUCAAGAUGACUUCCCUUUUGACUUAUGUUAUUAUGAGACGUUUUGACACACUAUCACAUUCACUGUACACUUGUCUUAAUCGUUUUUUGUUGCUAAGGGUUGAAGAUCCUAUGACCUGCUAAUGUCAGAAUGGUAUUUUCAGGUUAUAUAAGGAUUCCUUAAUUAAAAAUUCACUAUAUUUGACAUUAAAUGCAGCUGGCCGACUUGGUGAGAGUGUAUUAAUUGGUGCAAUAGUCCUCAGAGAUGUCUCGGUUAUUGAGACAAUGGAUGAAAUCACAUAACACUUCUGUUUUUCGAUCGUACGUCAUUUUGAUUCUUCAUUAAGACACAGUAGAGAAAUCUAUUUUGUUCAGUGUACAGAUUUUGAAAAAACUUUAAUUUGAAGAUGAGAGGUUGUUCUGGUGCAUGCAGUCUGUUGUUUUUUUUUUCCUAAUCCACAGUUAGCCAGGCAUUUUGGUGCAGUCUGAUUCCUCCUAUUUAAAGCUAUGGCUGGGGGUGAGGAAGUUCUGUGCUCUUUCAUUAUGUUGUCUUUUACAUGUGAGCUUAUUUAAAGGGUUCCUGGAAUUAAA